UUGCCAUUGCCUACAUUACUCUUCACAUUUUGUAGUGAGAAUCUAAAGCUAUACUGAACUUCUCUUUCAUGUGUUUCCUGAACUACUUUUCCUCUUUAAUGCUUCAUGUGAUAAGGUGGUUACGUUUGUUAAGUAAUGGUCACACAUGUACUUGUACUUGCAGACCUUCUGAGCUCCUGUUGGCUGUUAAAUGGAUUUACAACAAUGACAUGAUGACCUUAUGUGAUGCACAGUGUGUCACUAACUGCUUCACUGUCUCUCAGGAAUGUAUCCUGUCUGGUUUAAUGUCUCAAGGUGGGAAAAGGGUUCUUCACAUUGACAAAAAUCCUUACUAUGGAGGACAGAGUGCAUCCAUUUCUCCCCUUGAGGAGCUGUUCAAGAAGUUUAAGGUUCCGGGACCUGCCGAGUCUAUGGGCCUCGGAAAAGAGUGGAACAUCGACCUUAUCCCCAAAUUCUUUCUUGCCAAUGGGGAGCUGGUGAAAGUCUUGGUGCACACUGAGGUUACUCGAUAUCUUGACUUCAAAGUGGUUGAAGGCAGCUAUGUAUACAAAGCAGGAAAAGUGCACAAAGUCCCCGGCACAGAGGAAGAUGUCAUGCAUUCUUCAGAUCUGAUGGGCAUGUUUGACAAGAGGAGGUUCAGGAAGCUGCUUCUCUUUGUCCUGAACUUUGACGUGAGGAACCCUCGGACCUGCCAGGACGUGGAUCCUGACAAGAUGACCACACGGGACCUUUUCUCCCGCUUUGACCUGGGGCCAGAUGUCAUGGAGUUCACAGGUCAUGCCAUAGCCUUACACAGCAGUGAGAGUUACCUGGACCAGCCGUGUGGGGAAACCAUCAGACGGAUCCAGCUGUACUCUGAGUCUCUGUCCCUCCACAACCCCAGUCCAUACCUCUACCCUGUGUAUGGGCUGGGAGAACUACCACAGGGAUUUGCCAGACUGAGUGCAGAGUACGGAGGAACUUUCCUCUUGAACAGAACCGUGGAUGAGCUUGUGAUGGACAGUGGCAAAGUGAAAGCUGUGAAGUCGGAGGGGAAGAUGUUCCACUGUAAACAGCUCAUCUGUGACCCCAGCUACGUUCCUAAUCGAGUGAGGAAAGUGGGGCGUGUGAUUAGAGUCAUCUGUUUAUUGAAUCAUCCAGUUAAAAACACCCACGAGGCGCACUCCUGUCAAAUCAUCAUCCCUCAAUCUCAACUCAACAGGAAAUCUGACAUUUACAUAUCGGUCGUGUCGCACGUCCAGAACGUGGCCUCAGACGGGAUGUACAUCGCCACAGUGAGCACGACUGCAGAAACCAGCGACCCGGAGAAAGAAGUCCAGCCAGGCCUGGAGCUUCUCGAGCCCGUCAUGCAAAAAUUUGUUUCGAUCAGCCGCAUGCUGGUUCCCAAGGAAGAUGGAAAAAAGAGUCAGAUAUUUGUGUCCCGCUCAUAUGAUGCAAUAAACCACUUUGAGGCUGAAUAUGAGGACAUCAAAGACAUGUACCAGCGGAUAACAGGAGCAGCGCUCCGCUUCGGAGGAUCGCAGAGACACCAGUCUUACAACUCUGAUGAAGACUGAGAGACGUUCAACAUCAGGACCAAUCAGUGUGGAUGAUUAUCCCAGCUGUAAUGCAGAGAGGGUGUGUUAUGUAGAACGUAGAGUAAAUUGUGAGUAUACUGUCUAAAAGUUCGGUGUCUACAUUUUUGUUGCCAUUUUUCUUUUUUGUGAGAUUCUGUAAACCACUGACAAUGUUGUCCUUUUAAGUAACAACGAAUAAAACUUUGUUUUGCUACCAAGUAGAAUCCUGAGGAAGCUA